CCUCAAGCAAAUCCUGGCUGCUGGAGGCUCCCGAGAACAGAUAAAAUUAUUUGACCACCAUGAGUUGGAGUUUUUUGACCCGCCUGUUAGAGGAGAUCCACAAUCACUCAACCUUUGUUGGCAAAAUCUGGCUGACGGUGCUGAUUGUCUUUCGGAUUGUGCUCACUGCUGUAGGAGGAGAAUCCAUUUAUUACGACGAACAGAGCAAGUUUGUGUGCAACACGGAGCAGCCUGGCUGCGAGAACGUCUGCUACGACGCUUUUGCUCCUCUUUCGCACGUGAGAUUUUGGGUGUUUCAGAUCAUUCUCGUGGCCACUCCGUCCGUGAUGUAUUUAGGCUACGCGAUUCAUAAAAUCGCCCGCAUGGUGGAACACAGCGAAGCCGACAGGAGAAUCCGGAGCAAAAGUUUUUCCAUGCGCUGGAAACAGCACCGCGGCCUAGAGGAAACCGAGGAGGAUCACGAGGAGGACCCGAUGAUGUACCCAGAAAUCGAGCUGGAAAGCGAGCGGGAGCACAAGGAGCCGCCGGCCAAGGCCAAGCACGACGGGCGGCGGCGCAUCCGCGACGACGGCCUCAUGAGGAUCUACGUGCUGCAGCUGCUCGCCAGGACCGCCUUCGAGAUCGGCUUCCUGGUGGGGCAGUAUUUUCUGUACGGUUUCGAGGUCAGCCCCAUAUUCGUGUGCAGCCGGAAGCCGUGCCCGCACAAGAUAGAUUGUUUUAUUUCGAGGCCGACCGAAAAGACUAUUUUCCUCCUAAUAAUGUACGGCGUGAGCUGCCUGUGUUUGCUCUUGAAUGUCUGGGAGAUGCUGCACUUGGGGUUUGGCACAAUCCGGGACACGUUAAACAGCAAAAGGAAAGAGUUGGAUGACUCGGGUACCUACAACUACCCGUUCACUUGGAACACGCCGUCAGCGCCUCCCGGCUACAACAUCGCGGUGAAGCCGGAGCAGAUCCAGUACACGGAACUGUCCAACGCCAAGAUGGCCUACAAGCAGAACAAAGCCAACAUAGCUCAGGAGCAGCAGUACGGGAGCAACGAGGAGAACAUCCCCGCCGACCUGGAACACCUGCAGAGGGAAAUUAAAGUGGCUCAGGAACGCCUGGACCUCGCCAUUCAGGCCUACAACAACCAAAACAAUCCCGGCACUUCCAGAGAGAAGAAAUCCAAAGCCGGCUCGAACAAAAGCAGCACCAGUAGCAAAUCAGGAGAUGGGAAGAAUUCGGUCUGGAUUUAAUGGUGGUUGAAUUUAAAUAUUGUGUUUUGCUCCUAGCUUAUCACAGAACCCCCUUGAAUAAUUGCUUCCAAGGAGUAAAUAUUUGGCUCUGCUUAUUUUCAGGGAUACUGUUGACUAGUGAUCCAGGCUCUCAGAAAAGUGUUUAUACACAUAGUCUAGGAUUAUAGAACUUUAUUCUUCUGUCUUCCAAGUCAGGAGACAAACAGGUAUAUUUAAAUCAUUCUCAUUGAACGGUUUACGCUGUAUGUACAGUAUUAUAGUACAUUUAUUAUGCACAAUUUUUGUAUUUGUACACUGGAUCGCUGAAGUUUCACUUUUUUUAUAUUAAUGAAGAAAAAAAUGGUAGG